GAAGGACAGAGCGAGAAAAAGAGAACACACUGAAAAAAAGGAAAAACGGAAAGUAAAAUUGCUGCAGUCAUGGACUUGCGCUCAGAACUGCUCAAGUCCAUUUGGUAUGCUUUUACUGCUCUAGAUGUGGAGAAGAGUGGAAAGGUGUCCAAGUCUCAACUUAAGGUCUUGUCUCAUAAUCUUUAUACAGUUCUGGGAAUCCCUCAUGAUCCAGCAGCUCUAGAGGACCACUUCAGAGAUGAUGAUGAUGGUCCAGUGUCCAGCCAGGGAUACAUGCCCUAUCUCAACAAAUACAUCCUGGACAAGGUGGUGGAAGGCAUGUUUGUUAAAGAGAAUGUGGACGAGCUGUGUUGGACUCUUACUGCCAAGAAGAACUAUCGACCACAGGGGAAGUGUAUUCUACCUGAGAAAGACGCCUUCCGCCUCUGGUGCCUAUUCAUUUUUCUCUCUGAGGACAGAUACCCUCUGGUCAUGGUCCAUGAUGAGGUUGAAUAUUUACUGAAGAAAUUUAGCAUGGCCAUGAGUGUCGAGCUGAACCUUGUUGAAUUGGAGGACUUCAUUUCCCAAGAUUCAGUUCAGCAGAAUGGCUUUACUGUAUGGGCCUUUCUGGAGAUGAUGAAUUCUGGGAAAAUUACAAGGGGCAUUGCCAAAGAAACCCUCAGCAUGGCAAUUGAGGAGGUGUAUAGGGAAAUAGUGGGUGAUGUGCUGAAAGAGGGAUAUCUUUGGAAGAAAGGUCACUUGAGGAGAAACUGGACGGAGCGUUGGUUCACCCUGAGACCCAGUACUUUAGUUUACUUCACCAGUGAGGACCGUAAGGACCGCAAAGGCAGCAUUCAACUAGACGGAAACUGUUGUGUAGAGGUUCUUCCUGACAGAGAUGGGAAGAGAUGCAUGUUUUGCCUGAAGACGCUCACCAAGACCAAUGAACUUAGCGCCUCUGACACCAAACAGAGGCAGGAGUGGACUACAGCUAUCCAAACAGCAAUCCAGAUGUUUGUGGAGGGUAAAAAUUCACUUCAUAAAGAUCUAAAAAUGAAACGUCGUGAGCAGCGUGAACAGAGAGAGAAGAGACAGGAGGCGAAGGAGCAGGAGCUGCAGCGCUUGCAGGCUCUACAGGAGGAGCGGGAACAGAAGAUGGCUGAGCUGGAGCUCCUGAAGGAGGCACAGAUGCAGGCACAGGCACUGUUGGAGCAAGAUGAACUGCGCAGACGCCAGCAGCAUGAACAGCUUCAGCAGGCCCUGGCAAUCCAGCUCAAAGAGGCCGAAGAGGCGCGGGCGAGCAUGCAGGCAGAGAUGGCACUGAAGGAAGCUGAGGCUGAAAGACAGAGAACACGAAUCAGAGAACUAGAGGCAAUGCAGCAGCGGCUAGAAGAGGCUCUGCAACAGGAAAUCAAAGCCAGGCAGGACGAAGAGGCUUUCCGCUACGCACAGGCUCAGCUACUUGCUGAGGAAGAGGAGAAGAUGAAGGCCCUAAUGUCUCUCCGUGAAGAGCAGGAAGAGGAUAUCCAACGAGCCCAACGAGAGAAGCAGGAGCUCAGGCAGGAAAUGGAAAGUAAGUCUCGAGCUCUGGAGGACGCACAGAGACAUCUGGAGGAGGUCAGAGCCAAUCGGCAUAGAGUGGACCAGGAUGUCGUGGCUGCCCAAAGGAAGCUUCGUCAGGCUAGUACCAAUGUUAAACACUGGAACGUUCAAAUGAACAGAUUAAUGCAUCCUAUUGGACCAGGAGACAAAAGGUCCUCUGGAGGUGGAUCUUUUUCCAGCUUUCGUAUACCUGCACAGAAGGAUCCUGGACUCCGUCUAAAGCAGAAAGCUGAUGACCAGAAUGAAGAAAGCAAAGAAAACAUGGAGAGCAGAGGAGGCUGCGAAGCCGACAAGCGACUCUCACAAACUUCCAACGGAGAAAUGGAAAUACCUUGAUGGACAAAAAAAGCUGUCUAUGUUAAAGGCACUAAGACUUAUUAAGAACAAAUGGAUAUUAAUUGAAAGGAGCUGUGUUUUUGCAAGGUGCCAAGGAAUGCCCUCAUGCUGUUAAACAAGUGAUGCUUUUUAAUGUAUAUUUACUAGUGCUAUGUAGUUAGUAUGUGUCAUGUGAAACAGCUUUUGUACACUUCCCCACACCUUUUGAAGAAGUGUUGUACUGUAGUUAGUAAAUAAUCUGAUUGACUUUUAAGUUGCUCAAAACCCUGUUUUGUAGACCAAGAUGUACACUGAAUAAAGCAAAAAAAUGUCAAGAUGUUUCAUUGUGGUAAAAAGUUGAAUAGUGCCAUAUGGUCUAAUUUUCAGCCACAGACUGUAUACAUACAUCCAUACGUGUACAUAUACAUGUGAGACAAAGAGAUUUGCAACAGUUAAUGCAUGAAGACUGGAUGUCUUGCGAGGGAGGAACAUGUUGAAGAGCUGAAGUGUCUGUGGUUUUCAGAACUUCCUGCUUUAGCAGUCAGAUAAUAAAUGCAAGAAGACAACUGCAUAGCACACAUAUGUGCUUUAAGUUAAAUGUAACUAAUGCUAAGAAAAAUCAUUGUUUAUUAUUAAGCAUGUACACUAGAGUAUUUUAGUACUUAUUAAGAACCUGAUAUAUUUGUAAGCUUUUAAAAAAUCAGUAAAUGUUAUAAACCAUUUUAAGUGUGUCAGAAAACCACACUACCACAGUAAUUCAAAAAUAUUUAAUGAGAUGUAAUUUUUCCAUACCAAUUUUGUAUUACAUUGGAGUGGUGGUGGUGUAGUGGGCUAAAGCACAUAACUUGUAAUCAGAAGGUUGCUGGUUUAAUCCCCACAGCCAUCACCAUUGUGUCCUUGAGCAAGGCACUUAACUCCAGGUUGCUUCAACUCCAUAAGUGCAAUGUAAGUCGCUUUGGAUAAAACUGUAAGCGUCUGCCAAAUGCAUAAAUGUAACUGUAUUAAUCCAAUGUUUGUUUUGUCAAUAAACGAAAUCGCAAAACAGAG